UCUUUCAAAAAAGCCGAAUGGAGUAAAAAAUAAUAAUAAAAAAGACAAAAUGAUCAAUAUUGCAAUGCGAGUGGAUCUAUCCAAUUUUUUUAGUGAUGUCCGCAGAAGCACCUUAAUAUUUAUAGAUGAAUCAUUAGAGAAUAUCAAAGAUGUGCAGGAUCACAUACAAAAGCUUUUUCGAUUGUCAAAUAUAUGCCUGCUGACACAGGAUGGAUGUUAUUUGUCGCCAAAAGAGUCCAUUAAAGUGCUCAGCUCAGUUGAGUCGCUGAAGGCCUGCAAAUUUCCUGAGGAUGAGUUACAAGAUGCCUCUGUUGUGAUUAACCUGGCCGAAACCAGCAAAAAACGAAAGAAUCGUUCGGCAGAAACGGAAUUGGAAUUCUCUAGCUCUACACCAAAUAAUCCCAAGCGAACCAAGAGCAAAAAUGAUACAUUACAGUCCCCAUUGAAAACAGCUAUUACAGAUAAAACGAAUGAGAUGCGUCUUACCAGAAAGAGCGCCAAAAAUGCAACCAGCCAACAAACUGCAAUGUUUAAUGAAGCUGAGAAUCUCGAGGUAUCGCAAGACUGUAGUGUCCAUAAAACUAACACUACUAAAACUUCUCGGAAUUGUUCACAAACUCAAGGGGAAACAACAGACAGAGAUGUCAGCAUGAGCUCCAAAUCCAAUAAUCACAUUGUAUACGAGGAUGCGGAAAAGGAAGUGAUUCCAGCUUUGGAGACGAGCUCCCAAACUGUCAAAGUUAAUCCCGUUGAUGUUGAGUUUCAUUCUUCAUUAAUGGAUGACUACUUCAGUUCAGUGCGCAGAUUCAAGUUGCCUUAUAAACCAGAUCCUGUUAAGAUCCUAGAAGACAUUGUAAUCCCAGCACCAGUUAAAACACCUGAAAAGAAUGUACAAAAUGUUGAUGAACCAUUAGAAGCGCAGGUGGCAACUGAUAAUGGUGCAACUGAAGCUGAAGUUCCAGUUGAAAAGAAACUAGUUUCUAAUAAUGAAUCCUACGAAUUGGAGAAAGAAUGUCAAAAAGUUGAUAAAAUUCCAGUUACUGAAGCAUCUUCAAAAGUAGCUGAACAGAGUUUAUUGGAAUCGGACUCGGAAGACGAUGUGAUGGUGCUGGACGAUACACAUUUGGAUGACUCCAACUCGGCCGAAAUUAUAACUGAUAUGUUGCCGAAUGCUGAGCCAUUAACAACAUUGCCCAAUGUGGGUGAAACUUUAAUCUUCAAGCUGAGCAAAGCAAAGCGCGCCUUACAAUCAUCAGCUAAAACCGAUUACAUUGCUGGCACCUGCUCCUACAUCAAUCGACGUACCAAAUCUAUAACAAUAGCAGUUAUUGCUUGUGGCAAUGCUACCAGGCAAGUGUUGCGUCAAUAUAGCAACAGUCUUGAUGAUUCCACCGAUUCAGACAUGAUUUUAACUGUCAACUUUAAGGAGAUGAUUGAUGCCAAAGUAAUUGUGUCUGCGGUGGAUUAAGAUUAAGAAUACAAAUUAAGCAGUCGUACAUUUUCAUGUUUAUAUAUUUUCAUAAAUUGUUAAUGUAAACAAUCAAAUAACAUAUAAA